AUGCCUCGCGACCCUUUAAUAGGUCUUGUUGGAAAGCCCAGUGCUGGCAAAUCUUCCACCUUGAAUUCGCUCACAGAUGCCACAUCAAAAGUUGGUCCAUUCACCACCAUCGACCCCCAACGAGCCAUAGGCUACCUCCAGAUCGACUGUGCUUGCAAGCGCCACAAUGUUUCCGACCGUUGCAGACCCAACUACGGGUCCUGCGACGAUGGCAAACGCAGUGUCCCUAUCGAACUCCUCGAUGUCGCCGGUCUCGUCCCGGGCGCCCACCAGGGAAAAGGCCUCGGUAACAAAUUUCUCGACGACCUCCGCCACGCGGACGCUCUGAUACAUGUGGUGGAUGUGAGCGGGACGACGGACGCGGAGGGUAAAAACACACGGGGUUAUGACCCAAGCGUUGACAUCGCCUGGCUGCGCAGCGAGAUCGUGGCCUGGAUACGGGGAAAUCUAAUGGAGCGCUGGGGAAGCAUCCGGAGGAGACACGUCGCGGUCAAGGCCACGGCUGUCGAGACCCUCCAGAACCAGUUUUCGGGCUACGGAAGCACGGCCAAGGUCGUCGCGCGAACCCUCGACAGGCUGAGUCUCAAAGAGCCCCUUGAGAGCUGGGACGAUGAGACCAUCGACAGAGUUGUGAAUGCCUUCACGGACGAAAAGUUCCCCACCGUCAUCGCACUCAACAAGAUCGACCACCCGGAUUCCGAUGCCAACAUUUCCCGGAUCGCAAAGAUGCAAGACCCCAACACAAUUGUAUUGUGCAGCGCCAUCUCCGAGAUCUUCCUGCGAAAGCUUGCCAAGCAAGGGUACAUCAAGUAUACGGAGGGUAGCGAGUUUGUGGACACACGGGAGGAUCUCAUUGCCGACGGGGACCCGGACGGCGGGGGCUUGAAAGAGCUGGACGAGAAGAACCGGGCACGGAUAGAGAAUCUGAAGGACAUGGUCCUCUACCGCUUCGGCUCAACGGGCGUGGUACAGGUGUUAGCUAAGGCUGCCGAUAUUCUAGGACUGGUACCCGUAUUCCCUGUCCGGAAUACAUCAACGUUUAGUUCCGGCGCAGCAGAUUCUAAGCACGUCUUUCGGGAUUGUGUUUUGGUCAAGAAGAAUAGCACCGUAGCCGACGUGGCAAGAAAGGUCAUGGGCGAUGCCCCGAUAGCGUAUAUAGAAGGUGCUGGUGGCUUGAGGGUCUCGGAGGACGACAUUGUGGCUGUGGGAAAAAACGACAUUUUAUCGUUCAAGGUGGGAAGGGCAUGA